AUGGAAGGAUCGUAUUAUUCAUCAUGCAAGGGAGAAGCUGGUAACAAAAACCUUCAGAUCAUUAAAUACUCUCCUUAUAAACCCUGGACCAUGAUACCCUCACCUUGGUUUGAUUUAAGAGUGUUUUAUGUGAGAGUGAGUGGAAUUCAGGUUGAUGAAUCCACCCCGGAGAGUCUCUCUCUCCAUUAUAUUCCUCUGAGUCAUGAUACCCUUUUGGAGGUGAAUGGUGUUAGGAGCAGCAUGUACUGUGAUGGAGAGUCUUCAGUUCUGAGAAGGGAUAGAGUGGAUAAGAAAUCUGAGAAAGCUACCUUUGUGAACACCGAUAGUAUACGUUUUACUGGGAGCAUGAAGUUUGAGGUUUAUGAUAAGGAGCUUUGCAUACUCUCUGGCGUUUUGGAGAUGUCUAAUACCAUUGGUUUUGCUGGGGAAUCAAAAAGUAGUGUGAAGAGAUGGAGUAUGAGUUGUCAAACAGAAAUGGCACCUGGUUGUGGCUUCUUCAAGGGAAAACAUGUUGCUGUAUCUGAAUUUCCUUGUCCUGAAAUUGAGGUUUAUGUUACUGGCAGCUUCUCAGGAACACCUAUAAUCUUAACCAAGACAUUGCAACUCACUUUCCGAAAGAAGCAUAAUAGGAAAUGUGCCUUGGAUGCCAUUCCAGAAUAUGAAACAACUGAACGCCACAAAGAUGUAUCUGAUCAUGGACAUGAUGUGCAGUGGGAAGGAUUGCUAAGCUUACUUCCAGAUGAGUUGGCUGAAAAAAAUAAGGUUGUUGAAUUUAGAAGAAGCUUCAAACUGGAACGAGAAGAGGAUUACAAUAGCAUGUAUUGGCAAAGAACAGUAUAUGUUGAUGGGGAAGAUGGUGAACUGUCAUGGUUCAAUGCUGGGGUAAGAGUUGGUGUUGGAAUUGGACUUGGCAUCUGCGUAGGAGUUGGUAUAGGGGUUAGCUUGUUAGUACGUUCAUACCAAGCAACUACUCGUAAUUUUAAAAGGAGGUUCAUAUAA